UACAUUCCAUGUGAGCCCCUUCCCUUCUCAGUUCUCACCCUCUCCUCUUACCUCACCAGAUCUCUCUUACAUUAUAUAAACAUUUGUCUGAGGCAACAACAUUGUCUUCACUUGUCUUUUUUGAGGUUCUGGUUGAAAACCCAUGAUGUGGUUCUUGUUCAAAGCCUUCUCAUUUCUCUCUCUCUUCUUGUUAUCAUCUCUUCAUCUCCAUUUCCCAGCAACAAAAGCUGAGAUUUUGAAGACCACCUUCUUCAAUAGCUCUGCAACUGCUGCAGACAGUUUAUUUUCCAGGAAAUGUAAUUGGUUCCAAGGAAAAUGGGUGUUUGAUUCUUCUUACCCUCUCUAUGAUUCUUCAAACUGUCCUUUUAUAGAUUCUCAAUUCAACUGCCAGAAGAAUGGGCGUCCUGAUUGGAACUAUCUCAAGUACAGGUGGCAGCCAUUCUUGUGUGACUUACCCAGGUUUAACGGGUUGAAUUUCUUGGAGAAAUGGAGAGGGAAGAAGAUAAUGUUUGUAGGUGACUCACUGAGUCUGAACCAAUGGCAAUCUUUGAUUUGUAUGCUUCAUGCUUGGGUUCCUAAUUCAAAGGCUUCAGUCAUAAGGCGAAAUGGCUUAUCUUCAGUCACAUUUGAGGAAUAUGGAGUGACGAUAUUACUAUAUCAAACACCAUUUCUAGUAGAUCUUGUUAACGAGAAGGAUGGGACAAUCUUGAAGCUUGACUCAAUAUACAGCGGCAGAGCAUGGAUUGGAAUGGACAUGUUGAUCUUUAACACGUGGCAUUGGUGGACUCACACCGGAAGAACUCAACCAUGGAGAUAUAUGCAAGAGGGUAAUAGAAGGUAUAAAGACAUGAACCGAUUGGUUGCUUUUUAUAAAGGACUCACCACAUGGGCUAGAUGGGUCAAUAGAUAUGUUGAUCCUUCUAAAACCAAGGUCUUCUUCCAAGGCAUAUCUCCCACUCAUUACGAGGGGAAGGAUUGGAACCAACCCAUGAAGUCAUGCCCUGGAGAGACACAACCAUUUUUUGGAUUAAGAUACCCAUCAGGCAUGCCGAUGGCUUGGGUUGUGGUUAAGAAGGUAUUGAGCAGGAUAAAUAAACCAGUAUUUUUAUUAGAUGUCACCACCCUGUCACAAUAUCGAAAGGAUGCUCACCCAUCAGCCUAUAAUGGCAACCACAAGGAAGAUUGCAGCCAUUGGUGUCUACCUGGACUGCCUGAUGCUUGGAACCAGCUUCUAUAUGCAGCUCUCUUCAGCUGACAUGCAUUUUCAUUAAUUAGGAUUAAUAAUCUUUCAAGGCAAUUAAUUAUUUUAGAAAAUCAUUGGUUAAUUGGAUGAUAGGGAGUUAAAAUUUCCUUUCUUUCUUUCCAUUUUUCUUAUGCAAGUAGACAAUAAAGAGAAGGGGGAGAAGGCCUGAUGCUUCAACUGUAAAUUUUAAAUUAUGGUUUUGGCAAUAAAGCUGUUGCCGUGGAAAAGUAUGAAAUAUCUUAUGAUGUCUUCAAGGAUAAUUUACAGUAUAGUCUUUAAAGUUUAAUAAAACUUUAUUUUUUUAAUAA